ACUCAGUCAUCCCUACAAGCAGCUGUCUCUUUUGCCAGACCUCAAUGUCUAGGGCGCGGACGUCGUCCUCACCAUGGCGCAGUUUGAGGAGGUUCUGGGCGGCGUGCGGCUGGCUCUGACCUGGGCCUGUCCCGCUGAGAUCCAAGCUCUGCUGGAGGGUUUGGUGGAAGAGCGGAUCAUCUCAGAGGCCUACAGCAAGAGCCUGAGUCUGCAUCGGCUCAUUAAAGGGAUCGAAACCGGGUCUGUUCACAGCAAACCGGCAUGGGAAGCAGGAUCUGAUCAGAUUAAUUCUCGAGGACCAGCCACCCACCAAGGUCACCUCGGCCAGGUGUGGAAAUGUGGGUCACCGAAGUCGAGGGAAUCUGCCAUCACGUGCGAUGAUCAAUACAGUUUCAGAUUCAACGAUGAAAUCACAGAGUUGCUGAGAGGUGCAGAAUCAGUGCAGAAGAUGAUAAGUGAUAAUGAAAGAAUUGGUGAGGGGAAUUCAGACGAUGAGAAGGAGUGGUUAGAGACAGUAGAGGAGGUGGCUAGGAGGAUAGCUGUUCCUCUAUGGCAGCACUGGGACAGAGGACAGAGGAUGUUGCUGCCUCUGGUUUCUUGUAUGAUGACUGGCUGUGCAAUAAGUGAAAGUACAACACUAGACUGUGAAGCACAAUGCCCUAGUUUGAAUAUGGAAGAGGAAACAGAGCUCACAAUUGCUUGCAGGACGCUGGAUUUGUACAGUGAUAAAUUUCAUUUUAGGGAGGCAGAGGAUACAGACACAAGCUUCACACUGGAUAUGGAAGGAGCCACUGACUCACUGAAAGGCUUCUGUCUCUCUGCGUUCAACAGCGCGGCGACCGCUGGAUUGAACAUGGAUCACGUUGGGAACGUUUCACCUGUCGAGGCCUGCACAGCAACAGACACUAACAACAACAUCGCAGACACCUGUCUGGAGGGCCAUCUCACUGUCUGCUGCUUAGCUGACGGGACAACAGACACAACAGACCACCUGAUGUGUCUGGCAGGAGACACAGAUGCUGGAUUUGAUGAAGAUGACUCAUUUUACCCAAAAACAGAUCACAGCAUCGCAGCAGGUGUUCUAGAAAACUUAGAAAAUGUUUUCAGGACUGCUUAUGGCGCGGCAAGAUGCAGCAUCGACAGCACAACAGACUUCCAUGAGAAGAAAGAGGAAGAGAGAGUGGAUCCACACUGGGGUGCCAAGAUGCAUGAAGUAGAUCAGGACCAAUUUAUCACCUUAGAGCUCGGAGAUCUGCCAGACGAUUUAUCUGAAUUCAUGAAAGAUGAUUACCUGCCGUUGAUCGACACAGAUGUGCUCUUCGGCGAUGUGUGGUUGAAUGGAGAGGACUCCAACAACUUCAGUGAUGUUGCUCUGCCAACAGAGCUGCCGUGCACAGGCAGCCACCAGCAGAGACAAAAGAACAAAGUAACGGGCAAAACAAACAGUGGGAGAAAAAGAAAGAGAGCUACGACGAUCCUCAAGUCUACCCGGGCACAGCGGCGCACUGACGAGAACACACCAUCCAAACCAAAGAAACGAAGACCUGCAGAUAAACCGCAAAGGACAGAUGAACAGCAUGAGCCAGCUGUCACUCAGAGCACUGGCACAGGAUUAGAGCAAAGUCCUGCUGAAGCAGCAGGCCUUACCACCACUCCACCAAGGAUCCUUCACCUCCAUCCCCCCAUUCAGUUUAUCUUCCCAGAUUCAGGAUAUGUUCAGACUCUGAGGCUCUCUCCUCCAGUUAUUGGUCUUCCACUCCUGCUUCCAUUAUUAGUUCCUGCUGCCUCAACGCCCUGCAAACGCCAAGUGCACCCACCCUCCCCAGUGGACGAUGCAGUAGCCCCAGUCCAAAUGAGUUCAUCGCCACCGGGAUCCAUGUCAGACACUGCUAGCAAAGCCAUGCCUCCCCUUUGUAACUCACCUGGCUCCCCCAGUAAUGAGAUGUCCCCAUGUAAAGAACCACCUCUACCUCAGUCCCCCACUGUCCUUGAUAUUCCACAGGUUGUCCAGGACUACAUUCAGGAAGUCAAAGCCCACAUGAGCCAAAUUUGCCAGGAUAUGGAGGAGGGCCUUACCCUCAGCUCUCAUUAUGUAGAUAUGCAAGUGAGCCGGAGAGAGAUUCUUCGCUCUGGAAAAAGUGCAAACAAAUGCCUGGACAAGGAGCUCAUCAUCAUGGGAGAUACAGAUCGGCAAAAAAGCUUGUUGAGGCAGAGUCAGAUCUUCGAAGGCUCAAAUGGCGAUAAAUCCAAACACUGCAUAUUGCUACUUGGAAAUGCGGGCAUGGGAAAAACAACCCUGAUCAGGAAGCUGUGUCUUGACUGGUCCAUAGACUGCAUCCCACAGUUUGACUUUGUCUUCUUAUUAGACGGCAAAGCGCUCACUUUAACCAAGCCGACCUUUAGCCUUCAGACCCUCCUGUUAAACCUCUCCUCUUUUGCCCCUUCCUGCAUGGACCCCGAGGCAGUGUACGCUCAAAUCCUUGCAGCCCCGAAGCGUGUGCUCAUUGUUUUUGAUGGGUUUGAUCAGUUGCGGGACUACGAAAGUCUACUCCAGACUCAAGAAAAAGACUUGAUAGCAUCGUUGCAGAAAGACAGUAAAGCACAGACCUACACAGUAAGACAGUUAUACUCUGCCAUCCUUCAGAGGGUGCUUCUUCCAGGAUGCACGCUUCUCCUCGCUACACGGCCAAGAGGCACCGCCAGCCAGCUUCUGCGGCGGGCAGACAGCUUUCUGGAGGUAUGUGGCUUUUCUCCCACAGAUGUAGAGACAUAUUUGUCCCAGUACUUCACCGAUCCUGCCCUCAGAGCGUCUGCUUUGGACUGGUUAAAAAACUGCACUUAUCUACAUCUCCUCUGCUGGAACCCUGGACUAUGUCGGCUGGUGUGCUUGGUUUUGGAGCAGUCCAAAAGUUUGGAGGACCUACCGAGAACUUUAACCGGGCUUUGCCAUCAAGUGCUUCGUUUGAAAAUGGACAAGGACAAUAGGAGCACACAUUCGCAGGCUGAAGAUCCAACACAAAUAUCUUUGCAGGCUGAAGAUCCAACACAAAUAUCUUUGCAGGCUGAAGAUCCAGGACAAAUAUCUUUGCAGGCUGAAGAAGAAACCCAGACACAAAUCUCAAGUAAUAUUCAAACAAAAAGGUGUCACAAAAAUACUCAGAAGAGGUCCAGAGCACAGGUUCGCACUCGCUCUCGUACCCAAAGAACAAUGAGGGCAAAAGAGAAGGAGGAGGAGGAAAAUGAAGUGGAUGGAGAGGAGAUGAACAGUGGUGGAAGGGAGGCAGAUAGGACAGAGGAGAGAGAGUUGCUGUCCCAGCUGAGCUCUUUGGCCUGGGAGGGGGUCAAAGCCAACUCAUCCAUCCUUCCCACAGGACGAACCUUAUCUGACAAACUCAAAGCUUUCGGCCUCAGAAUGAGGCUCUUCCUCUCUCACCCCCUGAGGACAAGACUGGUUGUGUUAAGUGGUGAAGGGGAGGAAGGAGGAACACAGGACAAGGAUGAAGUGGGAGGAGGAGAGAAAAGAGACAGGAAGGGAAAUAGAGGUGGGACGGAAACUAACAACUUUGAUGCCAGUGAUGUGUUGUGGGCCGACCCUUUCCUUCAGAGUUACUUGGCAGGUGUCCAUCUGUCUUUGUCGAGGACUUUGUCAGACCGAAAUUUCCUCCAGACUCUCCCUUUCCAGUCAGGCCCGAAGGGACGUCGGCGACCUCAACGAGAGGAGCUCGAGCUCACUCAACGAUUUACAGUCGGUCUCCUUUUCCACAAAAGAACAGAGCUGCAGAGGCUUCACUCAAACACAGAGACAUCCUUUAGAAACAUGGUGGUCAACAAGCAGGCUUUAGUUACAAAACACCUUGAAGGUCUUUCUCAUGGUGACCUGAGUCCAGCCCAGGUCCUGGAGGCAUGUCACUAUGUUUAUGAAGCGAGUUUCACGCACAGCAAUGGAAGCGGAGGCACUGGCAGCGCACGAUUGAUCACGCAGCUGGCGGCGAUUCUCCCAGAAGUCCUGACAUUUCAAGGAGUUCCACUCAACCCACCGGAUGUGUUCACCCUGCAGAAUGUUCUGGAAAGGGGUGGAACUGAAGGGAGAAGUUUCUGCUUGGAUCUGGAGGAUUCUGGGAUACAGGUUUCUGGACUGAGAGCACUGGUGGGGCUCAAGAGCAUCAACACAUACAGGGCAUGCAUUGCUGAUGUUAUCACCCUGUGGGAGCAGCUGGAGCAGAGUGGUGAGGAGGGGCUCCUACGAGGGGCGGUGUCAAAGUUAAAUAUCCACCCUCUGAAAGCCACGCAGGUCUGUCAUGUGGAGCACCUGGCAAAGCUGGUGAACAUACAUAUGCACAAGAGGCUGUCGGACAGUUGCAGCCAAUCAGAUUCCAUCCUGGCAGAGGGAGUGCCAGCAGUCAAAGAGCUACACAAGCUGGAGUUUGAGCUUGGUCCAGAGAAAGGUCCACUGGGUCUUCCCAAACUGUGGGAGCUCCUGCCAGGUCUACAGAACCUUCAGCACCUAGAUCUAGAGAACAGUAAGAUAGGGGACAAAGGCGCAGAGAAGCUGGUUGAUGCGUUAGCCUCACUCUGUUCCCUGGAGAUUCUCAAUCUGUCACAGAAUUGUAUCGGAGACAACGGGGUGAAGAAACUGGCAUCCACGCUGAGUGAUCUGCCCAAGCUGCACUGUUUGAGUCUCUACAGUAAUGUGAUUUCUGACGAAGGGGCCGAGAGUUUAGCAGCCGUCCUCCCACACAUGGCGUCUCUCACAGAGCUGGAUGUGAAGUAUAACAAGCUGACGGAUGUCGGAGCCCAGAGCCUUGGAGCCAGUCUGAGAAAAUGUCAAAAGAUAAAGACUUUAAGGAUGUGGAACCAGUGUAUUCCAUACGGAGUGUUUGAGCGUCUUCAGCAGCAGGACAGUCGGAUCCUUUGGCAUUAGAGCAAAGUGAAACCUCUUUACUACAAGGCUAUGAACUUUUAAAAAAAUUUUUUUUUAUCAUGCAUCACAAUGCAUACACAUUUACACUACACAAUACAUUUUCCAAAGCAUGAAUGCUUAAGAGCAAGAACGAACGAACUGAGUAUGAGGAAGAGUCAUUUGCUGCUUUAUUCAAACAUUUAUCUUGUGAGGUUCUUUCUAAGAUUUCAUUCAGUGUGAGAAAUAAUGAAUCCUUUAGCGCCACCCAGUACUGCACUCAGUGUAGGGGUGCGUGGUAAUGCUAAAACCAAAAAUUACAAGCACAUUUGCACUAUGAUGUUUGCUAGUUUUUUAUGUUAACAAUUAUAAACGUUUUUUUUUCUGUCUGAUAUCAUUUCCUAAGCGGUAUUGAGUUCUGUAUUUUUUUUGGACACGUGUGUUCGUGGAAACAAUGCCAUAUCUGUUUACAUGCUUCCUGUCUGUACAGUUUAAUAGGCUAACAGUCAUCUGACAUUUAAUUAAAGGGUGUUAUGCUGUCACCAGU